UCCAAAGUCGGUGUGGAUGUUCGUGCGGCUCGUGGUAGUCCUUCCUUUAGCUGUUUCGGCGUGUUGAGCACAAUGGCUCCCAAAGAAAUAAUACCGUCUGUGCAGGUGUAUGGCAGGAAGAAAACUGCCACUGCUGUUGCUCACUGCAAGCGCGGAAAUGGCUUGAUCAAGGUCAAUGGCCGCCCAUUGGAGCUUGUUGAGCCAAGGACUCUGCAGUACAAGCUGUUGGAGCCUGUCCUUCUCUUAGGCAAGAAACGCUUCUCCAAAGUAACCAUCCGUGUCCGCGUACAGGGUGGUGGACACACCUCUCAAGUCUAUGCUAUCCGCCAGGCCAUAUCCAAGUCUCUGGUUGCCUAUUAUCAGAAGUUUGUUGAUGAAGCCUCCAAGAAAGAAAUCAAGAACAUCUUGAUAAACUAUGACAGAUCACUCUUGGUUGCUGAUCCUAGGCGUUGCGAGUCCAAGAAGUUCGGAGGUCCUGGAGCCCGUGCCCGCUACCAGAAGUCCUACCGUUAAAUUUUUUAUUUUAUUUGGAUUCUGCAAUAAACCUAAGGACAAGU